AUGCGCGGUGUUACCUUGUCAUCUGAUAUCUCAACCAAUAUCUCGUCCUCUGAUAUUAUCACCAAUUCUAAGGCAACACGCGAUGUUGGAGGUCAAUCAUCAUCCUCGUCUUCUCGUGUGAUCACCCGAUCUCAAACUAGAGAUGGUCAAGCAAAGAAGACCACAAUUACAAGUGAGGUGGCCAGCGAUGAGACGACGCCGCAAAAGAAAUUGAUUGUUCGAUUCCCUGCCCGUAUUGUCGAAAGUGUCUUCGAGGAGAAUGUAGCAAACCAGGAUAUCGAUCAUGACAUGCCGGAUGCCCCUGUCCAAGAAAAUGGCAUUUCAAGGGACGAGUUUAUCGUCCUCCCCCCGCCUACGACAACACCUGCUAAUGCUAUCCCGCCUACAACAACACCUGCCAAUGCUCUCUCACCUGCAACAACACCUGCCAAUACCAACCCGCCUGUGACAACACCCGCCUUCCAAUUCCAUGGCAACCCUCUAGCAUGGGCAGAGACCCGCCAGAGUCUCUGCGACUCCCUUGAAUGGUACCGUUCGGUUCAAGGGUCGGCAUACCAAAAAGACGGGGUUUGCUACGGCCUUCUUUUUGACGGUGAUUGUGGGACCCGAUUCCACAUCGAUGAUGAGGUUAUCAUCACUCGAGUCGGUGGAGGCUACGCCAAAAGCGCAGACGGAGUUCUUCGUCUCGCAAAAAACCAGAGAAUUGAUGAGUAUCCUGCGAAAGCAAUUAACUUUAGUUUGAACAACAACAUUCCUGUCGGGGUUGUUCUUGGCCGGGAUAAUAACGACCUCGGGGGAAAGCUUCCUCACCGUUACAAUGUUUUGAGCUACUUCCGAGUUACUGACAUGUGGUAUGAGCAAAUUGAUGGCUUUAUCGGGUUGAAGUUUCGCCUUGAAAAGAUCGAUAUGCAUGAAAAGAGCUGGUGGGCCGACGCUGCUACCCCGAACCCUCUCUCGUACCGUGCAAGAUAUCCAUUCACCUUGCCGGAGAUUGAAGAGUGCCCUCACUGCGCAUUUGACAGUCCUCAGGUGUUCCAAGAGGGCUGGAUGUGUCUAGAAGACUCAUGUCCUGAGUUUUGGAAAAUGAACGGAGCCAGCGCACCCACAAAUCUCACUUACCAUCACGACUGGUUAAAAGCACGUCGAGAUCCGAGCACUGUUAAUCCACCCAAAUUCGAACUGAUUCCGAAUGCCAUCACAGAGAUGUGCCGAUACAACAAGCUUGCAUCCACUCUUCGUGACAACUGGCGUGGCAUUGUAUGCCCUUUGUGCUACAAAUGCAUACAGCGAACUCAAUGGAAUGGGUGGAAGUGUACCACCGACCCUUUAACCCAGAGUGAGCCUGGAGCGUGCCAAUUCACGCUAAUGGUGAGCUUGCGCCCAGUCCCAAUUACCUCCGUUUUUGAACCGCAAGUUACACAUCUUCUGGGUAACGGCAUGCGCAAGUUCAAAGGGGCAAAGGGAGAUUCCACUUCUUGCUGGCCCUAUAUCAAGCGCACGUACCCGCUGCCUGGAAUUGGCUCUGUGACCCACUUUGUUGCUACAAGGGCAGUCUGGGAGCAGCCAGAAGGCGUGAAUUAUCUGUUUGACACUCUUCAGAGAGAAAAAUUGGGCUUGGAGCGAUAUCCCCUUAACAAUGCCGUUGUUACGGGAAUGCUGACAUCUCAUUUCGCUGUGAACUAUGGAAUGCCGUACAAAUACGUUGUUUCAGUGCGGUCCAAGGGCUUUGAUGAAGCCCCAGAAUGUAUCCUUCGGGCACUAGGGCGACUUACAUGGGCUACUCAGGAGGCUGUCACUGCCGCUGGUGAGAAGGCCCUUCUACCAAAUGAGCUGCUUGCUCUGGGGUACUUCCAGGGGAUGAAGAUAGGCCAGUUCCAUGAUGAUGGUGAAAGUUCACUGGGUCCAACAAUUGCGACAUUGUCUCUUGGAGCGUCGUCCACAAUGAAAAUCCGCAUGAAAGGUAAGAGCUUUCAUGGACAGUCAGCGCGGCACGUUCCCUUGAACCCAGACCCUGUCCCUCCUGGGUGCCAACAUGAGAUAUCUCGUCGGAGAUUAAAGGAGAAAUUCAACACGGGGUCUAUCACAAAGGAAGAGUAUAAUCGUCGACGCGCAGAAUUAUUCCGUCAUUCUUCGGUAACUGGACUUGCGCCUGUCUCUAUCCACCUUCAUCUUCAACACGGGGACUUAGUCGUGAUGCAUGGCGAAGGCUUACAACAGUAUUAUGAGCACUCUGUUGAGUCUCUCAAUUCCCUGCGCUUUGCACUGACUGCUCGGUACAUCAAGCCGGAUGAUCUUAACCAGUCCGAACUCCAAAAGGGACAGUUUACACUCACUGCUGAUCAAGUCUACAAGACCAAUUGA